CUAUAUUACAUCCACAGCAGGCACUCGUCUCCUCGUCUUGCCGCUGCAUACAUUCCGCAUACCCCAGGCCUUGGGCCGCCGCUGCAUCAACCACCACCACGCGCACACCAGCUCCAUCGACUCGACAUCUCAUCACGACUCUUUGCAUUUCAUCUCCCCCUUCACUCCCCCGCAAUGUCCUCCCAUCCCGACUUUGACGCCCUCUACGCGCGCUACGCGGCCAGCGCGCCACCAAACCAGACCUCGACAGAGGUCAUGGCCGCACUCGAGACGGCGCAGGGGCAGACCGACCCAGUCUACGCCCUCGUCGUGGUCGCGCACUACGUCGACACCAAGCUGUCGGCGGGCAUGCGGCGCGCCGACGUGCUCCGCCGCCUGCGUACCCUCGCCACGCACCUGCCAAGCCACGAGGCGACGCUCGAGCAGGCAAUGGAGAUGUACGACCUCGACAUUGCGCCGCGUUCCGCGUCCCUUCCGCCCUUCGCGUACGAGAACGUGCCGCUCAGCCGCCGCGGCAGCGUGCAGACCCCACACAGCGCACCGCCCCAGCACCCGCCAUCAUUCUACGCUGCCGCCGCUGUUGCCGAGGACAUCCCCCGCGCGCCGUCCCCGCCCUACUCGCCGCCAGAGGAGCUGCCGUCUGUCCCCGCGGGCUCGAGCGCGCCGCCGCCCUACACGGUGCAGGAUGCCGAGCGGCUCGCGCGCCGCCUCGCCGAGGCCGUCGACGCCAAGCGCGACCUCGAGGCGCGCCUCGUCGAGGGGGCCGAGGACGGUGCUGCCGACGCCGAUUCGGCGUCGUGCGCCGCUGCCAGCGCUGUCGAGCUCGCUGGGCCUGGUACGCCGACCCUGCGCCAGAUUGCCGCCUAGACGAAAGCCAGAUCGAUCUCAUUCAAGCGGUCGCCGCUUGCUUAUUCAUUUUCAUAUGGACCUUUUAACACUGUUGUACAUUGUUGUUCUCGCCAUGCAUUUGAGCGUGUGUUGUUGA